UCUCAUCCAUCCCUCCACCAAAAUCUUCAUUCACUAUAUACUGUAUACGUCCAUACUUAUCUUUAUCUUAAUUUCUCACUAGAUCUGCAUGCAACACCAUGAAAAUCUUGAUAAUCCUGAUAAUUCUCUUGGCUUUAGUCAUCAAUCUAUCUGCCACACUAGUAGAUGCCACACUAGUAGAUGCCACACUAGUAGAAGAUGAGGAAAAAGAUGUUUUUCCUACUUAUGGGUCGCUAAGAGGAGUUAAUCGGUUCCUUGCACAACAAUCGAGGGGCCUGCUGAAAUGCAACAAGAAUCCAAGACUCUGUAGGGUGAAAGGAAGCGCGGGUCCAGAUUGUUGCAAGAAGAAAUGUGUAAAUGUUAAGACUGAUAAACAAAAUUGUGGACUUUGUGGGAAGAAAUGCAAGAACCAAGAAAUCUGCUGCAAGGGAAAAUGCGUGAACCCUCUGGCGGACAAGCGUAAUUGUGGAGGAUGCAACAAUAGAUGCAAGAAAGGGAAUUCUUGCAUAUAUGGUAUGUGUAGUUAUGCUUAAAAGAAAGAGAAUAUUCCAGGUGAAAUGCAUAUAUUGCAAAUACCAAUUCAUUUUAUUUCUUGUAAGUUGUAACAAGUUGAUAUGUAACAAAGUUUAAAUUGAUAUGGGUUGAAAUAAGAAUAGAUUAUAUUUGCGGUUCUCAAAAAAAAAAAAAAAUAUAACAUGUCCAAUGUUAAUGUUUCUUAUGGGAUAUAUCUAUAUGAAAUAAUUUACCUAUUUUAGCGUAA